AUGAAGACACUAACCAUCGCGUUCCUGGUCCUGGCGCUCGCCCAUAACGCCGCGGCCUCACGCCUGCUCAAGCAGCAGUACAGCGUGCCCCUCCUGCGGGGCACGGCCCAGCCCCAGCAAGCCACCCCUGAAUACAACAGGUACGGCAGGGGCGCCGGCGACCUCCUGCAGAACGUGGUGCAGGGCGAGACGCAGCGCGGCAUCACCGACUCCCAGGCCACGGUGGUCCUACAGACGGACGUGGCCGGCCACCAGAAUGCUGCGGUCAGGGACGCCGUCGGCCAGAACCAGGCCCAAGCCCUCGUCAGCGGCGCGGCCAACGGCGGCCCCCGCGAGAUUGCUAAGGAGGCGUUUGGAAACGUGCAGUACCAGGUGCACGGCCAGGGCCUCGCCCUGAACAGCGACACGCGCACCGCCCUCGCCAACAACGACGCCCAGCGCAUCAUCCAGGCCAGCAUUGACAACGGCGACGCCUUCACCGCCGCACAGGGCGGGUCUGACAAGUGA